CACCAGGCUCCAGCUCUUCAAUAUUCCGCGUGAGAGAGCUUUUGGUUUUCGUUUUCGCACCCACAAUUACAUUGUAGAUCCACCCUUAUUUUCACAAUUUUUUUCAAUUUCACCCUCAAGCUCCCGCCACUACAUCGACCCACGACCCGGAUUUGGAGAUUCGAUUUCACACUUCUACAAUUUCGCGGUUGAUUCUGUCGGUUUCUCUCGAAGACGAGGUUGAAUUGGCGCUUCUAGGGUUCCAGAUCUCGUUUUCUUGUUGGUUAUGAUAUUGUAGAAUUUGAAUUUAGAGUUUAGGGUUUUGCAAAAUGCAUAUGAAAGCGUCACAAUCGUCGUUUCGGGAUCGGACGCAUGAGUUUCAGAGCGUAGCCGAGAGGUUAAAGAAGUCAAUAUCGUCUUCUUCGUCGGCUCCGAUUUCGAGUGGGCCAAGUAGCCGUUCGAAAUCUGAAGAACAGCGAUCUGCGAUUGCAAUUCAGUCCGAGUUCAAUCGGAGGGCUUCCAAGAUCGGAUAUGGGAUACAUCAGACGUCGCAGAAACUUGCAAAGCUGGCCAAGUUGGCCAAGAGGACUUCAGUUUUUGAUGAUCCCACAAUGGAAAUUCAGGAACUGACAGCUGUAAUCAAGCAGGAUAUUACUGCUCUGAAUUCUGCAGUUGUAGACCUUCAGCUCCUCAGUAAUUCUAGAAAUGAGACUGGUAAUAUCUCUAGUGACACUACCAGUCAUUCCACCACAGUUGUAGAUGAUCUGAAGAAUCGUUUAAUGAGCGCCACAAAAGAGUUUAAAGAAGUUCUCACCAUGCGAACAGAGAAUUUGAAGGUUCAUGAAAAUCGAAGACAAUUGUUUUCUUCUACUGCAUCAAAGGAUUCUGCAAAUCCUUUUGUUCGCCAACGUCCGCUAGCUUCCAGGUCAGGUGCUAGUACUUCAAAUGCCCCUCCUGCUCCAUGGGCUAACGGAUCAUCAUCUUCUUCACAGUUGCUCCCUGGGAAGCAAGCAGAAGGAGAAGGUCAGCCGUUGCUGCAGCAACAACAGAACCAUCAACAGCAACAACAGCAACUUGUUCCUUUGCAAGACACUUACAUGCAGAGCAGAGCUGAAGCGCUACAAAAUGUGGAGUCCACCAUUCACGAGCUAAGUAAUAUCUUCAAUCAACUAGCAACUCUGGUUUCCCAGCAAGGAGAGAUAGCCAUCAGGAUCGAUGAGAACAUGGAUGACUCAUUGGCCAAUGUAGAGGGAGCACAAGGGGCACUACUCAAGUAUUUGAAUAGCAUAUCAUCUAAUAGGUGGCUGAUGAUCAAGAUAUUCUUUGUUUUGAUUUUUUUCCUCAUGGUUUUCCUAUUUUUUGUGGCCUAGUCAUUCGGAACACAAUUGAAAAAGGAAGAAAAUAACUGUUCUUUUUUAAAAUUGGUGGUGGUGACUGGUGAUAAGCUAUUUCUGAUCCUAAAUCUCUUUUUUGUUUAUUAUGUGUUAUAAGUUCAUGCCGAUGAGUAAUAGUUUGCCUAAUGGUAUGUAUGUACUGAUACAUGUAAAAGCUACCAAGCACAAUGUCGCAACAACUUUUAUUUUGUUGGCCUUCGAGUAUAUAUACAUAUUUAAUUUAUUUA